UUAAUCCCAAGUCUAAUCGUAGGUUUGAAUCUCUAGCACGUCGCCCGUCCCGUUAGCACUGGCAGGUGGGCUUUACCGCCAAGAGUGGGGUUAGAAAAAGAACACAAUCUUGCAGUCAGACCAUAGAGCAGCGGGCCUACCCACGCGCGCACGCCGCGCCGCGAUCCAAACUUAAAAACACGCGCGAAAAUCAUUCCAAAAAAAGUGCGAAAGUUUGUUUUUCUAAAACAGUGCUGUCUGUGACAAAAUAAAAGUCGAUGCAAAGACGGGAUUUUUUCGGCAACUAAAUCGAGCGGUGGGGUCCCCACCAUGCUCCAACCCUGGCUGCUCGCCUGCCUCUGGGCGACCGGCCUGGCGCAGAUGAGGCCGGGGCAGGGCAACCGGGUCGUUGACGUUAAAACCACCUGCAAUAAGGAGUCUUUUAGCGUGCAGCUCGAGAUGGAGCGCCCGUUCAAAGGACUGAUCUUUAGCAAGGACUUUUCGAGGGAGUGUCGCGCUCAAGGCAACCAACAGUCUCAAGUUACAAUCCACAUCCCGUCGAACGCGUGCGGCGUGCGCACCUCGGCGCUGAACUCCUCGCUGGUGGACCCUGAUGAUGAGGAGCAUCUGUACUACUCCGUGGAGCUGGUCGUGCAGAUGGACCGCCAGCUGCAGCAGUCCACUGACCAGGAGAUUUUCGUCAGAUGCAAGCUCCAGCCGCGCGCGGUCCGCAUCAACAGCCCCGCGCUGGACGGCGUCAUCCAGAACAAGCUCCAGGAGAUGAUCGGACAAGACGCCAAGAAGACCAGAACCGGGCGCACUCGCCAGGGCUUCUCAACCUGGGCGACGGAGGCGGCCCGCGCGUGGAUGUCGCUGGCGGGGGCCGCGGGCGCCGCCGAGCCCGCCGCCGUGGAGGUUGGCCAGCCCACCGCGCUGCUGAUACAGUGCACGCUGCCUGUGGGCGUCGGCCUGCGGGUGACCAACUGCCUCGCACACGAUGGCCUCGGCGAGGCAUCACAGAAGCUUCUAGACGACGUCGGCUGCCCCAUCGACGAGUCCAUAUUCUCCAAGCCCACCAUCCACCACCACAAGGCGAAAAGACCAGAAAUAGACUUGGCAGACCUCGAACCAGUCGACGUCAAAAAGAAUGAAAGAGAAAGCGCUAGUUUGAAACAAGCGAGAAACGAACCUGAGUUCGCUUAUAGAAACAUGAUGCAGUACCAACAUGCUGUGACAACUUUUGCGGCAUUUAAGUUUCCUGAUAGAGCGAAGUUGCAUUUGACGUGUGCCUUAGAGCUGUGUAAAGGGGAUUGUCCAGAGGUGGAUUGCAAGGCGUUGUAUAAGCAGCAGACCAGGGAUGGUCUAGUGAGGAAGGCGAGGCUGGAUAAGGAAGCGAAAGGCGUGGUGAUAGAUCGCUUGGAAGUGUACAACAGUAUUGAGGUGUUAGCCCCCAAUAUAGAGCUGGAAGAUGAAGCUUCUAUUAGAGGAUCAAGAAGAAUCGAGAGCGAAGAAGAAGAGUUCGUGCGUGGAUUCUCACCAGGCGAUAAGACCAUCUGCCUGUCUCCAGGGAAAAUGGCUCUCGCCUUCUGUAUUUUAGGUGUCAUUUUCCUCUGCGCAAUCGCCGUGGCUUUCGUGUCAUUAGUGCGAGCGAGACGGCGAAUGGGCCGAGAUCCACUACACACGUCUCUCUCUUUCUACACUGGUAGUAAGAGUCUGUUUUCUUCCUCUGAGAGUUCUAGUUCUGGCCUCAGCGGUAGUAAAAUGCUGUUAACUGACAGUCCGUAUUUGGACCACCAUUCGUCUUCGAGCAACAACUGGCCUUAUUCUAGAGCUUAUUGAUAAAUUCACAACUCACUUGUACUUAACGAAGCGUAUAGAUGCAAAACAGGUACCUAGCUACGGUCGUAGGUACUACUGAUCACAAAUCACAACAAAAUAUUGUACAGUAAAAAAUAGUUACAUAUUUUUUGUCAUGCACAAGAUCAUUCAUAAAGGCGAUUGCCAGGUUUUGGCAGCUCUAAAUUAAUCAUUUCUUGAUAGUUACAUCUGCCGACCGAUGAUGGAUCGAUUUUUACGGUAAACAUAUCGAAUACUUAUUAUAAUAGAUAGGUAAGAACAUAAGUGAAACACAUUCCUGUUCAACCAACUUUCGGAGUUCCUUGGUUUUUUUGCUCUACUUAUCUAAAAUACAAGACAGUUCUCUUGCAAUGUUUUAAAUGUAAGUAAUGUUAAAGCAAAAAUUUCUACCUAUGACGCAAGAGGACUCUUUAUCCUUCCAAAGCUUAGAAAAUAUUUAUCUUUUUAUUUAUUCUUAGGAGUAAGAAAGCCACUUUGAGGAGGUGCUUUUGAAACGAAUUUCGAUCAUUGUGAUCGGAAGUCAUAAUUUUAGGGUGUAAGGGUAUAUUUUUAGUAUUUUACUAAACAGUUGCAUCAUUAGCGCUUCCUCGACACAUACUUAACUAUAAGAUUUAUACAUAAUAGGAAUAUACUUUAGUUUAUAUGCUAUGGAAAAAUACAAUACAGUUGAAUCUAUUGUGAUACUGAAAUUGUAAUUAAAUUGUACUAAUUUCGGAGAAAUGUAGUGCGAUUGAUACAAAAAUUAUACCUAUUAUUUUUUUAUGAAUAUAAAGAAUGCUAUGAGA